CACAGAAGAAAGAGCAUCUGCAAAAAGAAGAACAACUUUUAAGACAACUUUUAAUAGAGCUUGGUAUUAAACUGACAUGCACUCCUUUGUGGAUAUACCAUAAUGUUGCAAACGCCAUUUAUUCAAAUCACAAUGGGGAAGCUGUUUGUCUUGAAUUAAGUAAUAGCAGUAUCAAAAUACAGACAAUUUCACCGUCUCUUGUUGUUGACUUUAUGAAUUCCUGGAAUACUUCCAACAUAGAUAGGUGUGUAGUUGAUAAGGUAAACAUUCCGUUAGAAAAGACUGUAUUCAAAUCGUUAAAGAGAUUUACAAGCAUUUUAAAGUUUUGCCUUAUGGAUCCUGAGGUCGACAUCAGAUUCGCUCAAUUUCCUUUCUUGGUGGACAAUAAUGAAGAUUUAGUUGAAUUAUCACCCCAAAUUAUCCUGACCAAGUUUUGUUCGCUACUUACUUGCUCUCGUAAACGAUUUAUUCAUGAAUCUUUGGUGUCUCACCUGGACAAGUUUAAACAUGUGUUUAAUUUCUUAAAUCUACAGGAAUUCUGUUCACUUGUUUCUGAAGCUUUAGACCAAAAUCUGUUUAAAAGUGGAAAACCGAUAAUAUGGAAAUAUUCGCAGAAUGAGUUGCCGAACUCCUUAUGGAUAUCAGAAUUUUGGAAAUAUCUCGGCACUUUAUCAGGGCCUUUCUUUGAACUAGAGGAAUGGUGUCUUUUCCCGGCAUAUUUUGGGCAAAAUAAGCAUAUGCUUCUUCCUUUCAAACUGUCGUACGCUAUCUUAAAUAUAAAAGGAGGUGACUCUGUAAAUUUUGGUAGUGUUCAUAAUAUUUUGAAAAAACUGUCCUUACCAAAACCGAGUCGUUUCAAUAUAACAUCAACUCACUUGCCAAAAUUUGUUUCAUCAACGGCACAACCAGAAAAACUGUGUGAAUGUUUGGUAUAUCACAAAGAACUCAUUUCCAGUCAUUGUUUAUCGGUAUACGAGUGCGACGAACUUUUAUCGUUUUUUGACAAUAAAAUUAAUCUCAUCCAGUGGAAACAAAUGAGAGGUCUAAAAUUGUUUACCACAAUAGACAAUGCGAUCGUCGACUUGAAUGGGCGUAGUCGCGUUUUGGUGAUAAAAGAAGGGAACAGCAGCAUAGUUUUGGAUGGAUUAGAUAACUGGGCUUAUGCAACAAACACUUACUUAAUCAAACACAAUGCGAAUCAUGGAAAAAUGUAUGAAGCAUUGAACCUACAAAUAUGCAUAUGUGAAAAAGAUGAACAUGAAUUGCUCGAAUUGUAUCUCGAAUAUAUAUUACCAGAGUUCCAAUAUCUCCCACAACAUUUUCACUGUGUGCACUUAGAAUUUGUACGAGAAAAGCUGUUGUCCACUAAAAAUUUUAGGUUGAAAGAGAAGCUCGGUUCUCUGAAGUUCAUUCCUAUGAAACAUGUGAGUGAUCUAAAUAGACUAAAGAAGGCAAGUGAUUUUUACAAUCCUCGUAACAUCGUUUUCAUGACACUGUGUAAGGAAACACAAUUGCCGCCAUUUCCUUACAAUCAGACAGUGUGGGAAGAAUUCAUGAUUUCUGCAGGAUUGAUACAGGAUGUAAGCAAGGAACAAUUUAUCAAAUUUGCUAAGCAAAUACAAAGUCAAGGGCCAAGUCCUAUGUCAUUGCGUCAAUCAAAAGUACUCACAAAACAUCUGUUUGAUCAGUCUAACUUAAAGAAUGACUUGGAAUUCCUUGACGAGAUGAGUGAAAUAUGCUUUAUUAUGCCGUACAUUGUCCAAGAUACAUAUGCUGACGUUUUUCCUCAGAUAUCAACCAAAAACCUUGUUGCUUUUUCUGCAUCGGUCCCUCAAGAACAAUUUGAGUUAGCAUGGACGACGGACAAUAUUUUACGUAGUUAUGCCGUUCCAAAAGAUCAAUUUCUUUUUGAAAAAUUGAAAAUAAAGAUAAAUCCAACCGAGCACAAUUUCGCACUUCAUCUUGAACAAGUGUGCCAGUCUUUGCAAAAGGGAACAAUCGACGACGUAGACUUCGUUGAGAGGUUCAUGAAUAGUAUAUAUGAAUAUCUUGCAACUUUGAAAGAACGAGACAACUUUAUUGAAAUAAUUUCCAGCAUUCCGUUAAUAUACGUCAUAAAACAUAAUGCAUUUCUUGAAGCCAAAAAUGUUGUUUUGAAAGAACCUGAAACAUCCGAAAUUAAGCCGUAUUUGUUGGUGGGAUCAGAAGAAUACGGAAAGUUCAAUGAUUUGUUCAGAAAAUUAGGAGCUACAGAUGAAGUAACAUUAGAUCAUUACUUCAGAGUUCUGUCUAGGGUUAAAGCAGUUGUUAACGAAAGUGUUCUGGUGUGCGAGGAAUUUGAAGUUACAGAAAAAGCUGUACGCGGAAUGUUAACAUUGUUACAAUUUAAGCUAAAACCAGACAAUAUAACUGUAAACGAACCAGUUCUGUAUCUUCUCAGCGAACACGAUCGACUUGAGCCAUCCAGUAUGCUGAUUUAUGGAGACAGCAACUUACUGCAAAAAAGACUAGAAGAUCAGCAAACCAUUAAACUAAUGAAAACCAUGGAAACGUUUACAGAGGAUAUGUUUGAUGUAGAUAAAUGUUUUGAGUUGUUGCCUUCCAACAUUCGUCCACAAUAUCUCAGCAAGAUUGUAAAAGAGGUCUUAACAACCCGGUGCAAUCGAGUAAAAUGCGAAAUAAGCAGCGUACUUGAAUCUUUUAUCGGUAGUAAACUGUUUAUACAUUCUAUGGUACGACUCGUAAAAACCAAAAUGAAAAGAGAUAAACUUCAAAACAUAUUAGUAGAAGACAUUAUCAGCCGUUUCAAGUCCUUAAGAUUUUGUGCUCUCGAGUCUUUAACUACAGUUCUUACUUACAAUGAAUGUCAUAUUGAAGGAAGUAUCGAAAAUAAACCUCUUUUUUAUGACGAGAGAGAAAAUAUUGUGUUAAUAUCUGCAUCUGAUUUAGAUGUUUUAAAAUGGAUAGCAAAAUACAGUCAUCUGCUGUCAGAGGUAAUUUAUAACCUAUGCUUUGAUAAGGUAGACCCAAAACACAUACAAACUGUUCUGCUAAACUAUAAUGGCACGGCAAAAGAAAUGAUGGAUCUGUUAGAUGUUCUUGGAGCUGUACAGAUCGAUUACGUCCCGGUUGACAGUUCUUGGAUACCAACACCUGGAACUCCCGUACCACGAGAAUGUCUUGCUUUUCUUAUUCAUGGUAUUAGUAGUUUUCAACCUGGGGAUUAUGCUGUUUUCGAGGUGUUCGACAAUCGAUUUAAUGAUAACGAAACACAGGAAAAAGUCGCAGUCUACAUAUAUGUGAAAAUAAUAAGUUGUCUUUCUACCGAACCAGAGGGGUUUCCAGAGUAUGAAAUUGAUAUUGGAGAUGGUCAAAGUAAAAAAGUUCGUUCAUAUGAUCUCUACAAAUUAGAGCGUCCAAAAUCAGAGUCAGACAGUCAGACAUCUAGUCCUACAAAUUCUGAUAUGGAACCCCAAACAUCUUAUUUAGUUGUUUACACAGGUGAGCAAAGCAACGACAAUACCAGUAAAACAACAGAACUGAACUUGGAGGAUGUAUUACAAGAAAUUGAAGAAACACUUAUUGAUGCUUGGCGAUUAGGAUAUGAAACCUUUCGAAAGGUUUAUAAAAGAUUAAUCUUGCGCUGGCAUCCCGACAAACAUGGAAAUUCAAAAUUUUCAAACGAAAUUGCUAAACAUAUUAUAUCGUUUGCGAAACUGAUACAGUCUGGGAAAAUCGAUCCAAAUAAUUUUCCAUCAUAUAAAGAACGGAAUAAAAGUCGUCAAAAUGACCGGCAAAAUUAUCGACGUCAGUGGAAUCAGUAUAAAGGAAGGCCUCGCAGUGGGAAUUUUAAUCCACAGAAUGAAUAUUGGUUUGACCCAGAUGACUUUGCAAGACGAGCUCGUCGCGAGCAUUCAUCCAGCAAUCAGAACUACGAAGAAAAUGUUUAUAACCCAGAUCCUCGACCGUACGACGGCGAAAUAUGGUUUAAACAAGCUCAAAAUGACAUUGCUACCGCAGAUGCAUUAAUGAGAGUGGCAACAUCACAGUCGUUCAACUGGAUAUGCGUUACGAGUCAUCAGGCUGCAGAAAAAGCUCUUAAAGCUGUUCAAAUUUCAAAAGAUGAUAAGAAAUUUAAAAAACACCAUUCAUUGAUAACAGAAGUGUCAAUGAGCAAUCCAACAUUACAGAAAGCAGCAGAAGAUCUAGAAAGGCUUGUUGGAGACUAUACAAGAAUGAGGUACCCAAGACCUGUGUAUUUCCCCAAAACUCCCUCAGAUUUGUACAGCCAUAGCGAUGCAAAAGAAGCGCUAAAACAUGCACAGAUAAUUAUAAAAACUGUUAAAGAAAUCAUGAAGUUUAAAUAAAUGUGAAGGAAACACAUUAUGAAAGCUUAUGUAACAGUUUAAGAUUACAAAAACAUUAAGAUAUAGUUAUAGACAUUUUUGAUUUAACUAACAAUUUGAUAAUCAUAUACAAAUUUAUGUUAUCUUUAUACUAAUUUCAUCUUUUAGUAAUUUUGCUCAUGUCUCAUCUCUAAAAAUAUAUAAAUAGUCAUUUGUUUUAUAUUGUAGUUCUCAUUUUCAUGAUUUUUCAAAUGACACUUUAUUUUGUUUCCUUGUAACGUGUAACUUGAGAACAGUUCAAACAUUCAAUUUGAUAUAGAUGUGUUGUUAACAAUACAAAACACAAAGCUGACUUUAAUUAGUUUCACUGUUGGAGUUUAUGAGUUAUGGUUCUUAACUGUUUGAACGCCGAUCCUUAGAAAUAAAGUGAAACUUUUCUGUAGUAUUUUUUUUUAUAUCGACCUUGUUUAUACUAAUGUACUUGCAUAUUACAUAUUUGUAAAUAGACCAGUUGGUUUGAUGUCACUAGAGUUGUUAAAAAUGGGACUGAACUGUUUACAUGAGUUAUGGUUAUAUGCAUCUGCAAUGAUAAUUUUAUAAUUUUAUUCACUUCUUUUUCAUAUUGCUUAUGUAAUAUUGACACAUUUACAGCUGUGUUUUAAUAGUGUAUGUAACAGUCCAAUGACAAAGUUUAAUCUAAUUACUUCAUUGGGAACCAAAUUCAAAGAUAAAAAAAAUUGUUUUUCAAAAGUUUUUUCAAUCACUGCGUAUUGGAUAUUCAUUUAUUCAUUAAUAAGGAAGAAUAUUCAUGAAUAUUUACGGAUAUUUCAGUUCCAUUGUAAUCUUGAUUUCUUUUUAUUUGUUAAAACAUGAUUAUAUAAAUAAUAUCUUUUUAUUGCAUGUAAAUAUUUACCAAUAUACUGGUUUAUUGUCCUCUUAGAUUAAUGCUUAUUAGGAAGAUAUUUAUUUCUAAAUAUUUUGAUAAAAAGUUUCAAGUAUCUUUACGAUUUUUAUUUUAGUGAUGUUUAAUGAUGUGAAGAGUCUAUUUGGACAUUUUAACUGGUAUACAAUAAAAGCGCCCUCAAUCUAGCUACGGGGAACAACUGAAUUAUUGUUGUUUUCAUCUUAUUUUUUCAUUGUCAUCGUCUGUUCAUAUUUGAAUUUUUGUUUUGUAUUUUGCAUUGUUUAUCUACAAGUAUUUUAUAAACUGUCUUUUGUAUUGUUUAUGAAGCGUAGAUGCUACUGGUGGUGUACGUUUCGUCCCCGAGGGUAUCACCAGCCCAGUAGUCAGCACUUUGGUGUUGAAAUGAACAUCAAUUGUAUGAUCAUUUUUAUAAAUUUCCUGUUACCAAACUUUGAAUUUUUCGAAAAACUAAGGAUUUUCUUAUCCCAGGAAUAGAUUACCUUAGCAGUAUAUGGCACAUUUUUUGGAAUUUUGGGUCCUCAAUGCUCUUCAGCUUUGUACUUGUUUAGCUUUACAACUAGUUUGAUCUACUGAUGAGUCUUAUGUAGACGAACACGCAUCUGGCGUAUUAAUUUAUAAUCCUGGUACAUUUGAUAACUAUUAACUAUAAACGUGUAAGUUACAAUGUUUGAAUGACUUUAGGUUUGGAUAACAAAAUUCUGUUUUGCUCAUUUGAGGAACAAAAUGUUGGAAUACAGUUGUAAACUUCUGUUUGCAAAAAUUAGUGAAUGACUAUAUAGUAGAAAAGUUAGCAUUUGAUAUUUUGUAUUGUUAUUCGUUUAUUUUUUUUUCAAAUUGUAUUGCUUUUUUGUAUAAUUUGCUAUUACAAUAUUUUAUAUA